CUUAGUCACGCAUUAGUUACGGCCGAAAGAAGCGACGUUGAGGGAAAGAAAUCAUGUCUUCUCGCCAAAUCGUGUUGAUUUCAGGCUGUUCCAGUGGCAUUGGACUCGCAACAGCUGUGUUUCUCGCCAAAGAUGCCGAAAAACGCUUUAAGGUCUAUGCCACCAUGAGAAAUCUUGCGAAGAAAGGACAACUGGAGGAAGAAGGAAAGGAAUAUCUUGGAGACACAUUGGUUGUUAAACAGAUGGACGUGUGUAGUGAUGAGUCAGUGCAGAAAGCUGUGAAGGAAGUGUUGGACACAGAAGGGAGAAUUGAUGUUCUUUUUAACAAUGCUGGGGUGUCACUUCUAACAAUCCUUGACUGUGUCCCCAUGGAAUUGGCUAAAGAAACAUUUGAUAUCAACUUUUUUGGGACCCUGCGGUUGAUAAAUGCAAUUCUCCCAAGCAUGAAAGCAAGAGAAAGUGGACACAUAAUCAACAACAGCAGUGUUUUUGGAGUUAUUGGUGCCCCAUUCUUUGAGGUAUACUGUGCGUCGAAGUUUGCUGUUGAAGGGCUGACAGAAUCUCUGGUUCCAACUCUUAAGCACUUUAACAUAAGAUGCACUUUGCUUGAGCCUGGCCCUGUAAGCACUUCAAUUGGAGACAACAAUGUUGAAAAUACCAAGGGUAUUGACUUGAAAACUGCUGACCAAAAGACACAGGACUUGUGGGUCAGAAUGAUGGAGAGAAUAGGUCCAGCUUUUGAAGGAAAGUUUUUAACUCCACAGGCAAUAGCAGAGGUUGUUCAAGAUAUAAUUCUAAGUGACAAGGGCCAGUUUCGCUAUCUACCUAAUGAAGGAAUGUUUAGUGAAGAAAUUACUGCCAGAUUUGCUGAUGCUACAGGGUUUAAAUCUGUGAACCUGGUUGCCAAACAGUUUUUUGAUGACAAGUAGUAUUCAUACAAAAACAAACAAAAAAAAGAGGUAGAUUAAGCAACACAGUGGAAAGGCAAUCUUUCAACAUGACUAUUCACUGAAGUGUCAUGUGAUCUGAUAUGCAAAUUAACAAUAGUGUGCACAGAAUGGUAUUAAAAGACUUUAUUAACACAUUUCAUGUCAAUCCAGAUAAAAUAACUCAAAAUGUAAUUGUAUAUUUUUGACCACAAACUCUAUGAGGUUAGAUUCCACCAUAUUGUAAAACUAACUGCAUAACUUGACUUAUGUGCAUGGUAAGUUUCAAAGAACAGUUUCUCCCAACUUGGAUUAAAGAAGGAAAUAAAUGAAAAAUGACUUGAAAUAAUGCAA